UGGAAUGAAUGAAACAGCCACUGUCCCCAUUUCUUAUCAGUCGCGGGUUGUGUUUCUGUGCCGCCCCGGCGCUGGGGAGACAAUGGAGGGCUCGGGUGUAGCCAGGAUUUCUGGCUGGGUUCCAUCGGGUUUAAGGGCAGUGGAAAGUCUCCGCCGUGCGCAAGGCUGUGGUCGCACAUCCCUUAUCAAAGCCGUGCCUGUCCUGACCGAGGGUUUGGGUUUGCUUCUUCCCAGGGUUCACCUUGAUGCGGUGCCGCCGCUGGAGCUCUGAGAUGGAGCGGGUUUGGUGGAGCAUGAGAGCCUGAUGCUCAGCAUCAUCCUGUCCCAAUGGCUGUGGAUGUGGGAAAAUCGCUUUCCGAAGCCUCACUGAGUGGGAAUGCCGAGAGCAGCGGUCGGUGGGACUGUGCAGAGGUGGAGAUGGACUGCCCAGAGCUCACACACAGCCUGCGCCGGGUGGCAGGGGCAGAGCAGGGGAUGGACAGGAUGGCGCUGAGCGGGCACAGUCGCUUGGCCACUGGUACCCAGGGAGGCUCGAGCUACCGCCAGGAAGUGUCUUCAGCAUCUGCAUCCAGGCUUCCCAGAGCAAGGGGAAGCCUCUUGGAGACAGAGGCGUUGAUCUAUGGAGUCCCUGACAGUGGUGAUGCCCCUCGUGACGUUAGACACCGGUUCCUGUCCUCAGAGGAGCAGCAGGUGAAGGCAUCAGGCUGUUGGGAACCAGUGUCCAGCCCUCCCAGCUCUGCAGACGAGAGCAUCCUUGCAGGUAGCUGCCACGUUGCCGGCCGGCAGAGCCGAAGGCUUGGAGCUCAAUCCCCACUUUCCUCCACGCUGGAGCUCCUGCAGCCUCAGACCCCACCGAGCCCCAGGACCACCCUGCGGAGCCGCUCCACAUCCAGCUGCUCCUCUCUGGCUUCAGAAGAGAACGGCCUCUCCGAGGAGCCAUCCCAGAGCUUGCCGGCCAGCAUGGAUGUGCCUUCCCCUGCCACCACCACCACCCGGGAGCUGUGCCGCCAGUGGGGAGCAGCACAAGGCAAGGCACUGAGGGUGCACAAACCCUUCAGUGCUCUGCUUGACUACCGCAGCACCAUGGAGCGCAUCAGGGGGAUGUCAUCCUAUCAGGCUGAUUACUGGGCAUGUGCCCUGCCGGAUUCAUUGCCCCCGUCUCCAGACCGUUGCUCGCCCCACUGGAACCCCAAUAAGGAAUAUGAGGACUUGCUGGAUUAUGCUUAUCCGCUGAAGCCAAGAUACAAGCUGGGAAAGGUGCCAGACCCUUUCUUCCACGACUCGGGAAUAGGUUUGGACAGCUUUUCUCUUUCCCCUGAGGGCACGUCGAGAUCCACCAGCAUCUAUGGCCGAGGUGGGCAGGCUCAGGGAGGCAGAGAAAAUGGAUGCUGGGGAUACAUGGGCUCUGCAGAGAGGUUCUCCACCCUGGAGCCUGGAAAAAGAGGUCACUCAUCCUAUGAACCUUUACCUAUUGCAAAAGCAUCCUCCACAAGAAGUGCUUCCUCUCAUCCUUCAAGAGGCUUUGCUAAGGAUGGAGCCACGGAGUCAGCUGGGACGGGCUCAUCCGGCCGCCCUGCUGCGGAUGGGAGAAGCUGGUGCACCAGAGGAAGCCCCUUCCCGAAGGACAAAGGGCAGGUGAAAAGCACUGGUAGGUUUUUACCUACAACAGCAGUGCUCCCCUUGAGGAAGGAGUGGGAUAGUGAUGAAGAAUUCCUCUCCCUGCCUCCGAGGCUGCUGGAGCUGGAAAGGCUGGCCCGGUUCUUGUCUGAUCUUUCCUUAACUGUAAGGACUCCAGGGCAUGACCAUCAUGAACUUCUAUGUCCCAGCAACAGCAGGAAGCCCCUUUCGUCCCAGUUGGCUCCUCUCGGAGGAGCAGGUGGCAGGGAUGGAAGAGGGAGUUUUGAGGGACAUGCUGGGCUGUGGCACCCCUGCAGCCCUCAGAAGUCCAGCCAGGAGAACACUGAAUCAUGUGGCCGCAUCCCUGGGGAUCCUCUGCAGAGGCUUCAUCUACCGGCUGGUCUCAGAGACACACUGGAUGGGAUGUACCUAAAUGAACCACGGGUCAAGGGGCAUCCCAAGAAGAGCCUUCAGAGCGAGUCCCUUGCCCAGUGUGUUAAGAUGUUCUGCUGCCAGCUGGAAGAGCUGAUCCGCUGGCUGUACAACGUCGUGGACAUCACUGACAGCUGGGUACCACCCUUGCCAGAUGCCAAGAGCUCAAAGGCAUCGCUGCACCGCUGUUUGGAGUUCAGGAAGGAUGUGGCCAACCACCGGAGCCUGACAGAGAGUGUGUUGGAGAAGGGAGAAGCUCUCCUCAACUGCAUGGCAUCAAAUUCACCAGUGCUGAAGGACACGCUGGGUUUGAUUGCGAAGCAGUCAGAAGAGCUGGAAACCCACGCAGAGCACUUGUAUGAGUCUGUUCUAGCUGCCGUGGGUCCCGUGCAGGGCGAGGACGGGUUGGAGGACAAGCAGACGGCUGCUCAGUGGGCGCUGCCUCUAUCAGACCUGGCCUUGGUCAGCCAGGCACGGGAUGGCUGAGAGCUGCAGCAAGCACCAAAGCACCUCCUUCCCCUCCCACAGAGAUGCCAAAACACGUAUGAGCAGUGUUGGGAGUUAACCAGCUGAGGCUGAUCUUGUGCUGGUUCUUUACUGCGGCUUGAGAAGGGCGAGCUGCACAGCAUUUAUCUGGCUGCUGGGGUGUGUAGUGCAUAGCUCUGCGAGUGAGGAAUGUGCAGCUGGCCUUUGGGGGUUUGGUUUUUAAUGUAGCUUUCCUGGGGUUUUUAAUGGAAGUGGCUUUGUUCAAUGUGUUAGCAAGAACGUCAGGAACACACUGGUUUGUAACUGAGUAAUCCACCGUGUGCCGUGCAACUCACUCCUAAGUAAA